GGCACAUCUUGCUGGUCGUAACCCGGAGGUGGCUGUAGGACAAACAAUGUCGAGUCAGUCCGUGGAAACUCUUCAGCCAGUGGUGGAAGUCCAGCAGCAGCUUCAGACGUACGAUGGCCUGGACUCAGUUAGUCAGAAGGACGCACACAGCAGUGAAGAUCGCUCCCCGCUACAGUUCACCUGCUAUCCAUGUUCUAGACGCCUCCAGGAGUGUCGUGGUGUGCUCACAGCUGCUGGAUGAGGCAGUGAUGGAGGAGUACUUCGAGGACCUGAAAGAGGAGUACGAGGAGAUCAGACAGGAGCACUACGACUCCCUGAAGGAUCGUCGGUAUCUGUCUCUGUCCCAGGCCAGAGAGAAGGCUUUCCAUGUAGACUGGCUGUCUCUGCCCAGACCAGUGCGUCCUCAGUUCCUGGGCACUCGUGUGUUUGAGUCUUAUGACCUGAACAGUCUGUUGGACUUCAUCGACUGGAAGCCUUUUUUUGAUGUGUGGCAGCUCAGAGGAAAAUACCCCAACAGAGGAUACCCCAAGAUCUUCAACGACAAGACUGUUGGUUCCGAGGCUCGCCGAGUGUUUGAUGAUGCCCAGCGGCUGUUCAACCAGAUUUUUGACAGUAGCAGUCUGAAGGGGAGGGGCCUCGUUGGCUUCUGGCGUGCUCAGAGUGCUGGUGAUGACAUUAAGGUGUACAAAGAUGAUGUGACGGUGUGCAGAGACACCAAACCCAUCGCCACAUUCCAUGGUUUACGGCAGCAGGCGGAGAAGGACAGCCACAGUUCAGAGCCCUACCUGUGUGUGUCAGACUUCAUUGCCCCAGUGGACAGUGAGGUGACAGACUACGUUGGUGUGUUUGCUGUGGGUGUGUUUGGAGCUGAGGAGCUGAGUCAGCAGUUCCAGGCUCAGGGAGACGACUACAACAGCAUCAUGGUCAAAGCUCUGGCUGACCGACUGGCUGAGCCCUGCUUGUCUCCAGCCAGUAGCUCCAGUCUCAUCUCCAUUCGCCCCAGAUUUCCUGAGCCUGCUUCCCUGCCCCUUCUGUUGUCAGUUCCCCCCCAUCUUGUAAGUACCCCUUCUUCGUGUAGUUCUAGUUUAGUGAUCUUCUGUUUUUGAAUUCAUAGUGUUUGUUAGUAGUGGUUUGGUUUAGUUUUGUUUCCCCCCAGUUCAGUUGUCCAGUGUAAUAAAAGCCUUUCCUUAAUUCACAUUUCUGCCAGUCUCUCUGUGUCUGCGCCUGGGUCCCCCCCCCUCCUUAUUUGCCUUUAUUUGAAGAACUCCACACAAUAGUAAAAAACUGAUUUUGAGAAUGGAAUGUCAAACAAAUAAGUACAGUAGUCCCUCGCCAUAUCGCGGUUCACUUUUUGCAGUCUCAUUGUAUCACGGAUUUUUAAUUUGCAUUUGGUAUCACAGAUUUGUCGCUAUAUCACUGAAUUUUGUGGUAUAUAGGUAUUUUUAUAUGUUCAUCACUGUGGUGAGAUGCAUUGAACAUUGCUGGAGGCAAGAUAUCUGCUUUUUAUGCACUUUGCAACUGGCAGAUGCUUUUAUUUUGAGACAUGCAGACUAGUGUUACAGAAAAUGUGGCAGGAAGUCAUCACACUUCACACUCACGGUCCUGACAACAUAACGCUUAACCAAACUAACUAGGCUGACUAAACCACAAAAACACAAUAAAACACAAACACUAUUAACACUGUAACACUAACAUAAACCACAAUAAUGACAUUUAAACCCCCGACACCCCGAACUCCCAUGGUGCACUGCAGAACAACAGUUCAGUCAUAGCGACUGGCUCUGCUAUUGCUACAAUAUUUUAAUUAUUUUUGUGGUAAAAUAAGCAUUUUCUAGCCUAAAAAAAUGAAAACAAUAUAAAAAAAUACAAAAAAUAAUAAUUAAAGCAUAUUAAAAGACAAUUUAAUCUAAAUAAAAUACGUAGCGUACAUCGCAGGGCUCUGAUUGGCUCAGCGACUGUAGCAUCAGUCUCCUCUGUCUCCUAACAUUCAGCAUCUCACCUUGUCCAUUUCACAUAGAUGUCUGAUUGCUGCAUAGUGUUGCUCUGCACUGUUGUGCGAUGGGUUCAUAAAGCCUUAAAAUAUAUUUAAUUAAUAAAAUAAAAUAUGGUUGCUACUUUUUCAGAUUUUUAUCUGUCGCGGGGGGUCUGAAACGUAACCCCCACUAUAGACAAGGGACCACUGUAUAUCUAACAAUAAAACUAAGUGAAAACAUAUUGGUAGACUGAUGCCACUGGUCACUUUGACCAUCUGUGGAGAGUCUAUGGUAUUGGUACAUGGUAAACGAUGGUCUUUGUAUAAUCAGGUAUUUGCAGUGGACUUCAAGCUUUACAUUAUCAGCAGGCAAUGUCCAGACUUUUGAUCCAGGCUUUUGAUUGCCAUCCAUCCAUUUUCUUCCGCUUAUCCGGGGUUGGGUCGUGGAGGCAGCAGAUGAAGCAGGUCGUUCCAGACGUCCCUCCCCCCAACAAAGCUUUCCAGCUCUUCCUGGGGGAUCCCAAGGCAUUCCAAGGCCAGGCGAGAUAUAUAUAAUCCCUCCAGCCAGUUCUGGGUCUACCCCAGGGUCUCCUCCCAGGUGGACGUGUUCGUAAAACCUCUAAAGGAAGUCUCCCUAGAGGCAUCCGAGUCUGAUGUCCAAACCACCUCAAUCCUUUCGAUGCGAAGGAUCAGUGGCUCUACUCCGAGCUCUCUCUGGAUGUCUGACCUUCUCCCCCUAUCUCUAAGGCUGAGCCCAGCCACCCUACAGAGGAAGCUCAUUUCAGCCGCUUGUUUCCGUGAUCUUGUUUAUUCGGUCACUACCCAGAGCUCAUGACCAUAGGUGAGGAUUGGAACAUAGAUGGACUGAUAAAUUGAGAGCUUGGCCUUGUGGCUCAGCUCCCUCUUCACCACGAUGGUUUGAUGCAUCGCCCACAUUACUGCAGCCACCGCACUCAAGAACAAGAUCCCGAGAUACUUGAACUCCUUCACUUGGGGAAGCAACUCCACCCAAACCCUGAGGGAGCAAUCCACCGCUUUCCAGCAGAGAACAUGGCCUCAAACUAGCUUUUGAUUACCGUUUUACAUAUCCAGCAAUAGUGUCAUGAAGUUAGAGACAAACAGGAAGUGAGACAAACGUAAGAACAGGGGGCAUUAUAGUCAGUAGAAUCUAAUCUCAUCAGUAACACAGUUAGAUUCCAAACUGGGACUCGGCCCAGCCCUUAUUGGCCCAAUAUUGGAAUAAAAAUGUAACAUCGGUCAAUAUCGUUAUUGAUUAGGUUUUUUUUUUGCCUAUCAUGACAAACCGAUUAAAUAAUUUACUGGACUCAUAGAGGGAGGAAGAGAGGGACAGUGUGAACUGUUGUUUCAGACAAUUAGAAAAAAAGUUAAUUUUUCCAUAACUAAAGUUGAAGUAGUUUUCGUAUUUUGCACAGACAGUGUUUACAUUUGGAAAGCCUUGUUGCAUUUGAGAAUGCAUCCGAUGGGGCCUCCCAAUAAAAUUAGGCAUGAUGUGUUAAUUCCAUGACAGGAGAUAUGUGAUGUUACCUAAAAUUAGUUAAACAGCCCACAUAUAUUGGUAUCGGUUGAUACCGGAAUUGGAAAUUGGGAGUUGGACAAUAUCGGCAUGAAAUGGCAAAAAAAAUAUUAAAUAAAUAAAUAUUUCUCACUAGAGGAGACCACACAGGUGUAAAAGCACCUUUAUGAUAAGUUAAUCAUUGUGUUUGUUUCUACUGAUAUUUUGGACAUAAUUUGGUCAAUAAUUGUUUCCUUCUACAGGCUCUUGAAGUACACUUUAGGCCUCCAGAUAUUUGAAACUACAACAAAUAAUUUAACUUUUUCCUGUAAAUUCUGCUUUCACAUGGAUGCAGUACUACCAGAGGAGCAGUUCAAUAUAUUACCUGCUAUUCUAAACAUCAUUUCACUCUACUCAGUCAGUAAACAGAAAUAGAACUUCAGAAAAAUAUUUAAAUUCUUGUUAAAUUGAAAAACUGUUGAAUCAGUUCAUACACUACCGUUCAAAAGUUUGGGGUCACUUAGAAAUGUCCUUGUUUUUAAAAGAAAAGUCGUUUUUUUAUUAAUGAAGAUAACACUAAAAAAAUCAUAAAUCCAGUCUAGACAUUGUUAAUGUGGUAAAUGACUAUUCUAGCUGGAAACGGCUGAUUUUUAAUGGAAUAUCUCCAUAGGGGUACAGAGGAACAUUUCCAGCAACCAUCACUCCUGUGUUCUAAUGCUACAUUGUGUUAGCUAAUGGUGUUGAAAGGCUAAUUAAUGAUUAGAAAACCCUUGUGCAGUUAUGUUAGAACAUGAAUAAAAUUGUGAAACUGACUGGAUGACCCCAAACUUUUAAACAGUAGUGUGUAUAUAUAUAUGAUAUAUAUACCGCAUAUCUUAAAGUUUAUUUAUUUCAGCGUACAGAACUAGACACAAUUCAAACUUUAAAAGCUAUAGAGAGAUAUUAAAAUCAGCUGGAAGGCUGCGCCACCAUGUAAAACUGUUGCCGAAACAAUUUAGAAAAUAACCUGAUGAAAACGAAAAAGCUUUGAAUUUCUUGAGGUUGAUGUGUUUCAUAAAAACAAAGAUUAGAAGUGAUUUUUCCAUUUAAUUUGAUCGUAUAAUUUCCAGUGAUACAAUCAGAUGAGUAGUCCUAAGGUCCAGUCUUUAAAUGUUGAUGUUGGAACGCUGGAUUAACCCUUUGCAACUUGCCUGUUUUUCCUGCUCUCUAGUAAAGAGCCAGCUGUUCACACUGAGGUACAACUAUUUCUUGGUGACAUUUAGACUGUACCUUAUAUUCCCAGUGAUGUCCUACACAACAAGGUCCUGAAACAUCUCCAGAGGGGACAAGUGAAAAGGAUUUUUUGUGCUGAAUGCCUGCUGAAAUGUUCCUAUCUUCUAAGCCCUGAUGCUGCAGAGACUGAUCUCACUUUGUAUGGAACUUGAUACUUGAAUGCUUUUUACUUUCUUUCAAGAAAAUGUAAAUUAAUGACGGUGGCAUUGGUGACACUGCAAAACUGUGUUCAGGCAUUAUGUUCUGUCUUUUUUCUGAGUUUAAAGUUGUUCUUCAGUCCUUAAUUAAAACAUUUUAAGAAUUUC